AUGGUUAGAUACCAAGAACCCUAUGAUUUUAACCCAUCACCAUCAACAGGAAUGUACAGUCCCAUAUAUAGAGCACCACCAAUCUAUGGAGCAGUACCACAUUAUCCAAGGUUUAUUGAACAACAUGGUGCAAUGGAUGGAAGUGAUGACCAGAGUGAUAAACAGUUUGCACCAACUAAUAUCGUUGCAGAGUUACAAAGAAAAAUUCAGUUCUUGGAGGAAGAGAUCUCAAGAAAGAGGGAUACAAUAGAGGGACUACAAUCACAAGUUGCCAAAUAUGAACAAGAAAAACAAACAGAAAAAAAGAAACAAUCAAGAUACUGGACACCUGAAGAGCAUUCAAGAUUCCUCGAAGCUCUUUCAAAGUAUGGCCACAAAGAUGUUAAAUCCAUUUCCCAAUACGUAGGCACCAGAAACCCAACACAAGUAAGAACUCAUGCACAAAAAUACUUUUUAAGAAUUGACCGUGAACGUGGUAAAAAACUUGAAAGUAAAGAUGGUUCAAGUUUGGCCAAUAGUGGCACUGGCUCAGAUAGGGAUGAUUCAGAAUGGAAUGAAUAUAAUGAUGAAGGAUCACCAUUAUUUUCAUCAUGUACAAAUUCACCAACAACCAACUCUGUCAUUAAUCCAUUUCAACCUGGUAUUCUAAAUACCAGUCUCAAUGGAAAUAGUUCACCAACUGUUAAAAGAAAAAGAGAGGCUGUUACAAUUACUGCUACACAAGCAAAAUCAGCUCUCAUUUAUAAAGACGCUGUUUUAGCAAUUUUACCUACAUCAUGGACCCCAAGUGAUUAUGAACAAUUUGCUAAAGGCCUCAUUUCAAACAUCGAUCAAGAUGAUAUUCAAUCUCUCUGUAAAUUAAUAAAAGAAAACUUUUUACCAAAUCAAUCAAUGGAAAAUAUUGAAACUGCAUACCAUGCAUUCCACAAAGCUGUAAAUAAAAAAUCAGAAAUUACAAAUAGCCCUAAUUUAUCUUCAUCAACUACAUCAAACUCAUCAACUUCAUCACCAUUAUCCACCUCCACCCCAUCACCACAAAUGAAUCAACAAAAUAUGAACCAACAACAACAAAUGAACCAACAACAAAUGAACCAGCAACAAAUGAACCAACAAAAUAUACAAUUAAAUCAACAAAUGAACAAUCAAAUGAACAUGAAUAAUAUACCACAACCACAAUUACUUCAACAACAAAUAUUAAAUCAAAUGAAUCAAAAUAUAAAUAGUAAUAAUAGUAGUAUGAAUUCAUCACCAAAUAUUUCGAGUGUAAACUCCAAUGAUAGUUUUGUAAGAUCACCAACAUUUAAAAAAAGACCACCACCAGUUAAUGUAUCUAGAUCAGAAUUCCCUGUUACUCCAUUAUCUGGUUCACCAUCAGCCUCACCAUCAGCCUCACCAUCAACCUUCUCAAUGACCUCACCACAUUAUGGAAUGCCCCAAAAUUAUUCAGGUAACCAAUCGCCAAUUAGUUUAGUACCAUCUCCUUCACUUUCAUUACAUCCACCUUCACCAGGUAUGCCAUCACCAGGUAUGCCAUCACCAUCUCACUCUAUGCGUUGGCCAGGUUUAAUGUAUGAGUAUAGGAGAAUGGAGCCUCAUCAUAUGAAUUAUAUUCCUUUACCACCUUCGCAACUAUCUCCACAUCAUAUAGGUUUUAAUAAUAAUAAUAACAAUGGUAAUAAUAACAAUAAUAAUAAUAAUAAUAAUAAUAAUAACAAUAAUAAUAUAAAUGGCGGCAAUAACAACAAUGAUAAUUUAAACGAUGAUAAUAAUAAUAACAAUGGUAAUAAUAAUAAUAAUAAUAAUAAUAAUAAUAAUAAUAGUAAUAAUAAUAAUAAUAACAACAAUAGUAAUAACAACAACAAUAGUAAUAAUAAUACAGUUUCAUGGCACCCAUAUUCUGCCACAGAUAGUCCUACAUCUUGGGCUAUGAGUCAAGCAAUCAAUUCAUUUUCAAAUACCUCUUUAUCAAUGAACAACACCAGUUAA